GUCGCGGCGCGGUGGCUGGCGUGGUGGCCAGCUGGACCGCGACUGGCGUGCAGUCGGAGGCCUGCCCGCUCCCACCGCCCUGUCCGCCGGGGCCGGCCUGCCCCAACCUGACCUGCCCGGAGCUGACGUGCCCCGAGGCGGUCUGCCCGGCGUGCCCGACGCUGGUCUGCCCUGAGGGGCCGCCGUGGGUGCUUCUUGCCGCGGCCCUCGUGUUCAACGGUGUGGUGGCCGCGGUCGGCGGCUUCUGUGCCGGCGCGUUGAUGCCGGGCAGUAGGAUCCUCGUGCGCUACGUGGACGCUGGCGAGGACCUCCUGCACGAGCGUGUAUGCCUGUGGCCGGUGAGCUUCGAGGAGUGGGUCACGGAGUCACCAGAUGGCGACCAGAUGCCAGAGCGUCUGACAGGCCCCGACGUCGAGGAGUUCAUCGUGCUGGCGCCUGGUGGUGGGGUGCCUCGUCACGUGGUCUCGCCGAGGUACCGGUUCCGACGAGAGAUCGGCGCCCGGGAGCUCCGCGGGAAGGUGAUCGAGGCUCGGUACCAGGCGCGCCAGGCGCUCGCCGCUGGCGAGGCGCCGCUGCCCGCGCCGCUUCACACGCAGCAGUGGGACGGGCGCGUGGUGGCGCUCGAGGACUUCUGGCGGCUUGGGGGUGCGCCUGCCCGCCGUGGGCGGGGCAAGGCGCCACCGACUGUGCUGGACGCGCCCGACGACGAGGACGACGACUUGGGGGGCACCCAGACUCCUCCACCUCGAGAGGAGGCUGUCGCCGCCGCGGCGACCGCCAUCGUGGAGGACGAGAAGGACUACCGCUGGGUCGUCGGCGAGCCGAACUCCUCGUUCCCGCUCGGCACCGAGUUCACCGUCGCGACGAUCCUCAGCGAGAAGGACGCCCGCAGGCUGGGGGAUCGGAUGCUGGUGAGCGUCACCGCGUCCCCCGCCUCGGGCCGGACCGCCGAGGGCGUCGUGGUGCUCUACCGCCUCCACGUGGACGACGUUCCUGGUUUCGGGGCCCGGCGCUGGAGGGACAUUGCCGCGCUCAUGCCUAGCGACGGGCCUGCGGCACCUGAGCCUCCUUUGCCGGCCCCGGUGGACGCGCCGCCUGAGCCGGACCUUGACGACGCCAGGACCCUGCCCGUGCAGUACGACGAGCAGGGCGAGAGGUUCCGCUCGUGGAAGGAGGCCGUCGCCAAGAUGCACGAGAGCUUCUAUGAGGACUGGCCCGUCGAGGGCCCGCGUACCAUGCUUUGGAUGGCGAAGAACAUUGAGAGGACUGGAGGUUCCCCGAUGCAGUGGUACCACAAGUAUCUCGCCGAGAAUCGCAUUGCUGCUUCGGACCGCCUCGCGUACGAGCUACAGGCGAUGUGCCGCCUGUUGGAGCACGCCGGGUGCUACGAUCAGCUCAACCUCGCGUCGCUGGCCGCGUUCGAGGUGUUGGCGAGGAGGAUGCAGCUGUUGCUGGACGCGGCCAGUCGUGGUCCUGGAGAGGGCCGCUUUGAGGACGAGGAACUGUGGUCAGGCCAUCAGCAGCGGACUGCGGGGAUCGCCCCGGCCCUCACCGCUCACGUGGCCACCCGUGCCAAAGAGAAAGCCGAGAUCGAGAAGCAGCGCCAGAAGGCCCAAGAAGUGCGCGCAGCCACCGCCCACCCGAAGGCAAAGGCAGCCGCCAAGAAGGGGGCUGGAGGCGCAGUUUUUCAGCUCAGGCUCGCGUUCGUCGCCUACCUGAGCUUCACCUUCUUUUUCCAGAUGCAGCCUGAGGCCAUCACUCGUCGUGCCAACGAUGCCAUCUCAACCCUGAACUGGCUGAGCGGGUGCGGUGGGGCGGCCCCCGAGGGGAUAUGCUCGCCGGCGCAGGCCGAGGCCGUCCAGCACAUUAAGGGCGUGAUGGGGCGCUCUCAGGCUGUUGAUGUUGUUCCGCGUCCGCAUGAAGCCGCACGCGCGCUUCUGCGUUCCCGAGCCGGAUAUGACUCGGAUGAGCACAUUGUGAGCGACUACCAGGAAGAGCUGUUGUCGGUACCCGCGUCGUGCAAGGACUGCCCCUACGCGGUCGAUGCGGUGCCUGCUGAGGCUGCAUCAAUGCUGGUAGAUUUUGAAGAACGUAUGGUCAGGCCUGACAUCGAAUUUUGGGAGCUGGAGGACAACUCGGAGCCGGUCACCCCCUACAUGGACCGAAACUUGUCGGGGGAUCGACAGGCCUACAUCAAGUUUGUCCGUCGGCUGGAGUCAAUUGGUGUGUUGCGGUGGUGCACCGCUGUCAAGGAGCGCGCCACCGUGUUCUGUGUGAAGAAGAAGUCGGGGAUGCAGCGGCUAGUGGUCGACGCUCGCCGCAGCAACCGCCGCUUUCGCGAUCCCCCCGGAGUGGAGCUGGCCACCGCCGAGUCGCUAGGGCUCAUCGAGGUCGACGACGACUCGGAGGUGUUCAUCAGUACAGGCGACGUGCGGGACGCGUUCUACCGCUUCAAGAUCGAUGUGGAGCUCAGCCGCUACUUCGGGCUGCCACCGCUGCGAGCGGAGGAGCUCCACCUUCACGAGGCUGAGGGGGAGUGGCUGUCGGCGGACCGCUGGGUGCACCCCUGCUUCGCGGUGCUCCCCAUGGGGUUCAAGUGGUCACUCUACCUCGUGCAGGGGGCGGUCACCAAGCAGGUGGAGGAGGCCACGGGCGCGACCGCCGAUCGGCGCCUGCAGACGUUUGGCGGCUCGCGCCUGAUUACCUCAGGCGGGCAGCCUCUCCACUACGUCUACGUGGACAACGUAGGCUUUCUUGGCGGUCAGCCUAAGGAGGUGCAGACGAUGAAGGAUUGUGCUUGCGAGCGAUUGGACGGCGUGGGGCUGUCCACUCACGAGCACGUCGAGGCUCAGACUCAGUCGGAGGUGCUGGGCGUGGCGAUCGAUGGCGGCAAGGGCAUUGUGGCCACGUCGCUCAAGAGGAUGUGGAAAGUCGACAGCCUGCUGACCUGGCUGCUGGACCGUGGAGUUGCCUCGGGGCACCAGCUGGAGUCGACCGUUGGCCACCUGACCUUCAUUUUCAUGCUCCGUCGCCCCCUGUUGUCGGUUCUGUCUGCGACCUACCAGUUCAUUCGUAGCGCUGGUGGUGAGCAGAUCGAGCUUUGGCCCUCUGUGCGGGCCGAGCUUGGUGCAGCGCGAGCCCUGCUACCCUUUGCAUUUGCUCAGUGGAGAUUGCCCUGGCAUGGCGAGGUGGUGGCGACGGAUGCCUGCCCUACCG